AUGGAUCGGUCGAAAACCGACUCUGGUAUUGUGAUCAUCAGCACCAACUCUGCGGGAUCGUUCUUCACUACUACGUCUGAGUUCCCUAACUUGACUAGUUACACGACGACAUGGACGACUACUAAUUCCGAUGGAUCGGUCGAAACCGACUCUGGUAUUGUGAUCAUCAGCACCAACUCUGCGGGUUCGUUCUUCACUACUACGUCUGAGUUCCCUAACUUGACUAGUUACACGACGACGUGGACGACUACUAAUUCCGAUGGAUCGGUCGAAACCGACUCUGGUAUUGUGAUCAUCAGCACCAACUCUGCGGGUUCGUUCUUCACUACUACGUCUGAGUUCCCUAACUUGACUAGUUACACGACGACGUGGACGACUACUAAUUCCGAUGGAUCGGUCGAAACCGACUCUGGUAUUGUGAUCAUCAGCACCAACUCUGCGGGUUCGUUCUUCACUACUACCUCUGAGUUUCCAAAGUCAAUAGCGGGAACCGAAUACACCACGACAUGGACGACUACUAAUUCCGAUGGAUCGGUCGAAACCGACUCUGGAGUCGUCAUUGUGAGCACCAACUCUGCGGGUUCGUUCUUCACUACUACGUCUGAGUUCCCUAACUUGACUAGUUACACGACGACAUGGACGACUACUAAUUCCGAUGGAUCGGUCGAAACCGACUCUGGUAUUGUGAUCAUCAGCACCAACUCUGCGGGAUCGUUCUUCACUACUACGUCUGAGUUCCCUAACUUGACUAGUUACACCACGACAUGGACGACUACUAAUUCCGAUGGAUCGGUCGAAACCGACUCUGGAGUCGUCAUUGUGAGCACCAACUCUGCGGGAUCGUUCUUCACUACUACGUCUGAGUUCCCUAACUUGACUAGUUACACGACGACGUGGACGACUACUAAUUCCGAUGGAUCGGUCGAAACCGACUCUGGUAUUGUGAUCAUCAGCACCAACUCUGCGGGAUCGUUCUUCACUACUACGUCUGAGUUCCCUAACUUGACUAGUUACACCACGACAUGGACGACUACUAAUUCCGAUGGAUCGGUCGAAACCGACUCUGGUAUUGUGAUCAUCAGCACCAACUCUGCGGGAUCGUUCUUCACUACUACGUCUGAGUUCCCUAACUUGACUAGUUACACGACGACGUGGACGACUACUAAUUCCGAUGGAUCGGUCGAAACCGACUCUGGAGUCGUCAUUGUGAGCACCAACUCUGCGGGUUCGUUCUUCACUACUACGUCUGAGUUCCCUAACUUGACUAGUUACACGACGACAUGGACGACUACUAAUUCCGAUGGAUCGGUCGAAACCGACUCUGGAGUCGUCAUUGUGAGCACCAACUCUGCGGGUUCGUUCUUCACUACUACGUCUGAGUUCCCUAACUUGACUAGUUACACGACGACAUGGACGACUACUAAUUCCGAUGGAUCGGUCGAAACCGACUCUGGUAUUGUGAUCAUCAGCACCAACUCUGCGGGUUCGUUCUUCACUACUACGUCUGAGUUCCCUAACUUGACUAGUUACACCACGACAUGGACGACUACUAAUUCCGACGGUUCGUUCGAAACCGACUCUGGAGUCGUCAUUGUGAGCACCAACUCUGCGGGAUCGUUCUUCACUACUACGUCUGAGUUCCCUAACUUGACUAGUUACACGACGACAUGGACGACUACUAAUUCCGAUGGAUCGGUCGAAACCGACUCUGGUAUUGUGAUCAUCAGCACCAACUCUGCGGGUUCGUUCUUCACUACUACGUCUGAGUUCCCUAACUUGACUAGUUACACGACGACGUGGACGACUACUAAUUCCGAUGGAUCGGUCGAAACCGACUCUGGUAUUGUGAUCAUCAGCACCAACUCUGCGGGAUCGUUCUUCACUACUACGUCUGAGUUCCCUAACUUGACUAGUUACACGACGACGUGGACGACUACUAAUUCCGAUGGAUCGGUCGAAACCGACUCUGGUAUUGUGAUCAUCAGCACCAACUCUGCGGGUUCGUUCUUCACUACUACCUCUGAGUUUCCAAAGUCAAUAGCGGGAACCGAAUACACCACGACAUGGACGACUACUAAUUCCGAUGGAUCGGUCGAAACCGACUCUGGAGUCGUCAUUGUGAGCACCAACUCUGCGGGAUUGUUCUUCACUACUACGUCUGAGUUCCCUAACUUGACUAGUUACACGACGACGUGGACGACUACUAAUUCCGAUGGAUCGGUCGAAACCGACUCUGGUAUUGUGAUCAUCAGCACCAACUCUGCGGGAUCGUUCUUCACUACUACGUCUGAGUUCCCUAACUUGACUAGUUACACGACGACAUGGACGACUACUAAUUCCGACGGUUCGUUCGAAACCGACUCUGGUAUUGUGAUCAUCAGCACCAACUCUGCGGGAUCGUUCUUCACUACUACGUCUGAGUUCCCUAACUUGACUAGUUACACCACGACAUGGACGACUACUAAUUCCGAUGGAUCGGUCGAAACCGACUCUGGAGUCGUCAUUGUGAGCACCAACUCUGCGGGUUCGUUCUUCACUACUACGUCUGAGUUCCCUAACUUGACUAGUUACACGACGACAUGGACGACUACUAAUUCCGAUGGAUCGGUCGAAACCGACUCUGGUAUUGUGAUCAUCAGCACCAACUCUGCGGGAUCGUUCUUCACUACUACGUCUGAGUUCCCUAACUUGACUAGUUACACGACGACAUGGACGACUACUAAUUCCGAUGGAUCGGUCGAAACCGACUCUGGUAUUGUGAUCAUCAGCACCAACUCUGCGGGUUCGUUCUUCACUACUACGUCUGAGUUCCCUAACUUGACUAGUUACACGACGACGUGGACGACUACUAAUUCCGAUGGAUCGGUCGAAACCGACUCUGGUAUUGUGAUCAUCAGCACCAACUCUGCGGGAUCGUUCUUCACUACUACGUCUGAGUUCCCUAACUUGACUAGUUACACGACGACGUGGACGACUACUAAUUCCGAUGGAUCGGUCGAAACCGACUCUGGUAUUGUGAUCAUCAGCACCAACUCUGCGGGUUCGUUCUUCACUACUACCUCUGAGUUUCCAAAGUCAAUAGCGGGAACCGAAUACACCACGACAUGGACGACUACUAAUUCCGAUGGAUCGGUCGAAACCGACUCUGGAGUCGUCAUUGUGAGCACCAACUCUGCGGGAUUGUUCUUCACUACUACGUCUGAGUUCCCUAACUUGACUAGUUACACGACGACGUGGACGACUACUAAUUCCGAUGGAUCGGUCGAAACCGACUCUGGUAUUGUGAUCAUCAGCACCAACUCUGCGGGAUCGUUCUUCACUACUACGUCUGAGUUCCCUAACUUGACUAGUUACACGACGACAUGGACGACUACUAAUUCCGACGGUUCGUUCGAAACCGACUCUGGUAUUGUGAUCAUCAGCACCAACUCUGCGGGAUCGUUCUUCACUACUACGUCUGAGUUCCCUAACUUGACUAGUUACACCACGACAUGGACGACUACUAAUUCCGAUGGAUCGGUCGAAACCGACUCUGGAGUCGUCAUUGUGAGCACCAACUCUGCGGGUUCGUUCUUCACUACUACGUCUGAGUUCCCUAACUUGACUAGUUACACGACGACAUGGACGACUACUAAUUCCGAUGGAUCGGUCGAAACCGACUCUGGUAUUGUGAUCAUCAGCACCAACUCUGCGGGAUCGUUCUUCACUACUACGUCUGAGUUCCCUAACUUGACUAGUUACACGACGACAUGGACGACUACUAAUUCCGAUGGAUCGGUCGAAACCGACUCUGGUAUUGUGAUCAUCAGCACCAACUCUGCGGGUUCGUUCUUCACUACUACGUCUGAGUUCCCUAACUUGACUAGUUACACGACGACGUGGACGACUACUAAUUCCGAUGGAUCGGUCGAAACCGACUCUGGUAUUGUGAUCAUCAGCACCAACUCUGCGGGUUCGUUCUUCACUACUACGUCUGAGUUCCCUAACUUGACUAGUUACACGACGACGUGGACGACUACUAAUUCCGAUGGAUCGGUCGAAACCGACUCUGGUAUUGUGAUCAUCAGCACCAACUCUGCGGGUUCGUUCUUCACUACUACGUCUGAGUUCCCUAACUUGACUAGUUACACGACGACGUGGACGACUACUAAUUCCGAUGGAUCGGUCGAAACCGACUCUGGUAUUGUGAUCAUCAGCACCAACUCUGCGGGUUCGUUCUUCACUACUACCUCUGAGUUUCCAAAGUCAAUAGCGGGAACCGAAUACACCACGACAUGGACGACUACUAAUUCCGAUGGAUCGGUCGAAACCGACUCUGGAGUCGUCAUUGUGAGCACCAACUCUGCGGGAUUGUUCUUCACUACUACGUCUGAGUUCCCUAACUUGACUAGUUACACGACGACGUGGACGACUACUAAUUCCGAUGGAUCGGUCGAAACCGACUCUGGUAUUGUGAUCAUCAGCACCAACUCUGCGGGAUCGUUCUUCACUACUACGUCUGAGUUCCCUAACUUGACUAGUUACACGACGACAUGGACGACUACUAAUUCCGACGGUUCGUUCGAAACCGACUCUGGUAUUGUGAUCAUCAGCACCAACUCUGCGGGAUCGUUCUUCACUACUACGUCUGAGUUCCCUAACUUGACUAGUUACACCACGACAUGGACGACUACUAAUUCCGAUGGAUCGGUCGAAACCGACUCUGGAGUCGUCAUUGUGAGCACCAACUCUGCGGGUUCGUUCUUCACUACUACGUCUGAGUUCCCUAACUUGACUAGUUACACGACGACAUGGACGACUACUAAUUCCGAUGGAUCGGUCGAAACCGACUCUGGUAUUGUGAUCAUCAGCACCAACUCUGCGGGAUCGUUCUUCACUACUACGUCUGAGUUCCCUAACUUGACUAGUUACACGACGACAUGGACGACUACUAAUUCCGAUGGAUCGGUCGAAACCGACUCUGGUAUUGUGAUCAUCAGCACCAACUCUGCGGGUUCGUUCUUCACUACUACGUCUGAGUUCCCUAACUUGACUAGUUACACGACGACGUGGACGACUACUAAUUCCGAUGGAUCGGUCGAAACCGACUCUGGUAUUGUGAUCAUCAGCACCAACUCUGCGGGUUCGUUCUUCACUACUACCUCUGAGUUUCCAAAGUCAAUAGCGGGAACCGAAUACACCACGACAUGGACGACUACUAAUUCCGAUGGAUCGGUCGAAACCGACUCUGGAGUCGUCAUUGUGAGCACCAACUCUGCGGGAUUGUUCUUCACUACUACGUCUGAGUUCCCUAACUUGACUAGUUACACGACGACGUGGACGACUACUAAUUCCGAUGGAUCGGUCGAAACCGACUCUGGUAUUGUGAUCAUCAGCACCAACUCUGCGGGAUCGUUCUUCACUACUACGUCUGAGUUCCCUAACUUGACUAGUUACACGACGACAUGGACGACUACUAAUUCCGACGGUUCGUUCGAAACCGACUCUGGUAUUGUGAUCAUCAGCACCAACUCUGCGGGAUCGUUCUUCACUACUACGUCUGAGUUCCCUAACUUGACUAGUUACACCACGACAUGGACGACUACUAAUUCCGAUGGAUCGGUCGAAACCGACUCUGGAGUCGUCAUUGUGAGCACCAACUCUGCGGGUUCGUUCUUCACUACUACGUCUGAGUUCCCUAACUUGACUAGUUACACGACGACAUGGACGACUACUAAUUCCGAUGGAUCGGUCGAAACCGACUCUGGUAUUGUGAUCAUCAGCACCAACUCUGCGGGUUCGUUCUUCACUACUACGUCUGAGUUCCCUAACUUGACUAGUUACACGACGACGUGGACGACUACUAAUUCCGAUGGAUCGGUCGAAACCGACUCUGGUAUUGUGAUCAUCAGCACCAACUCUGCGGGUUCGUUCUUCACUACUACCUCUGAGUUUCCAAAGUCAAUAGCGGGAACCGAAUACACCACGACAUGGACGACUACUAAUUCCGAUGGAUCGGUCGAAACCGACUCUGGAGUCGUCAUUGUGAGCACCAACUCUGCGGGAUUGUUCUUCACUACUACGUCUGAGUUCCCUAACUUGACUAGUUACACGACGACGUGGACGACUACUAAUUCCGAUGGAUCGGUCGAAACCGACUCUGGUAUUGUGAUCAUCAGCACCAACUCUGCGGGAUCGUUCUUCACUACUACGUCUGAGUUCCCUAACUUGACUAGUUACACGACGACAUGGACGACUACUAAUUCCGAUGGAUCGGUCGAAACCGACUCUGGUAUUGUGAUCAUCAGCACCAACUCUGCGGGAUCGUUCUUCACUACUACGUCUGAGUUCCCUAACUUGACUAGUUACACGACGACAUGGACGACUACUAAUUCCGAUGGAUCGGUCGAAACCGACUCUGGAGUGGUCAUUGUGAGCACCAACUCUGCGGGUUCGUUCUUCACUACUACCUCUGAGUUUCCAAAGUCAAUAGCGGGAACCGAAUACACCACGACAUGGACGACUACUAAUUCCGAUGGAUCGGUCGAAACCGACUCUGGUAUUGUGAUCAUCAGCACCAACUCUGCGGGUUCGUUCUUCACUACUACGUCUGAGUUCCCUAACUUGACUAGUCACACGACGACAUGGACGACUACUAAUUCCGAUGGAUCGGUCGAAACCCACUCUGGAGUCGUCAUUGUGAGCACCAACUCUGCGGGUUCGUUCUUCACUACUACCUCUCAGUUUCCAAAGUCAAUAGCGGGAACCGAAUACACCACGACAUGGAUGACUACUGUUUCCGAUGGAUCGGUCGAAACCGACUCGGGAGUCGUCAUUGUGAGCACCAACUCUGCGGGAUCGUUCUUCACUACUACCUCUGAGUUUCCAAAGUCAAUAGCGGGAACCGAAUACACCACGACAUGGACGACUAUUAAUUCUGAUGGAUCGGUCGAAACCGUUUCUGCGGGUUCGUUAUUUACUACCACCUCUGAUUUCCCUAUCUUUUCCAGUGAGGGAAGUACUUGGAUUAGUUCAGACCCCACCGAGAGUACACAGAUUGGUUCGUCUUAUACUUCUCAUUCGGGCCUCUGGUUGAACUCAACCACGUCGCUGUCACUGGUAUCUGAUAGUGUUGUUAUUUGUCGAAGAGAUGAAGAGGGUUGUUUGUCCCUCACUUCAUCUAUUUUGACUUGGACCUCAGCUCUAUCUCUGGCUUUUGUUGGGACUGAAUCAGUGUCUGUCACCACUGAACCAUCUAGCUCUUUGUUUGACACUACUUCUAUGCUUGAUAAUGGUGGUACUAAGUAUAUAACUACUUGGGCCACUACUAAUUCCGGUGGAUCAGUUAAAACAGACUCUGAAGUUGUGAAUGUUAGCACUAACUCUGCGGGAUCUUUGUUUACCACUACCUUGUCGUUUCCAAAUUCUUUACCUGGCACAGUGUAUUCCUCCAUUUGGAUCACCUCAUCUGAUAGAUCUACCGAGACAGAUUCUGGGAUUGUGAAUGUUUCAUCUGAUACUAGGUUGAGUUCAACUUCUAGUGAAUCGAUAGGUUACGGUGAUAAAAAUGAUAGUUCCAAGGCGAUUACAUAUGAUGUUAGCUCCGAUUCUACUCCUGAUUCAUCCACGUGGACCACGACUCUUGUCGAGGGUAACACAACUACUGUGUGUGGUUAUGUGUACGUGACAGGCGAUGUUGAUGAAAAUCAAAUUACUUUGGCUUCUGUUGUACUCGAUAGGCACACAAUCACUGUGAAUGCGACUGACUCGAUCGGUCAACUAAUUACUAUUUGUGCUGUUGAGCAAUUGAAGACAGAUGACUCCGGACUGGAGUAUUUGGCGGCCGAAAUUUUGGAGUUUAAAACGACCACAGGUACGUAUACUACCACGAACGUACUUGGUCUGACCGUCACGGUGACGGCACCCAUUCUUGAGAAUUCCUCAGCUGCCACCUCAUCAACACACCUCGAACCUGGCAAUUCUGAAUCCACUGGGAAGAUGGCCAGUAGCUCUAAUGCCUCCGGGGAACUCAGCCCAAAGGAAACUCUGUCAGUCACCAAUUCUCUUUAUAAUGUGGCUGUUGUGACUGAUGCGGAAUCGUCAACUCUGUCAAUUUUGACCUUCAGGACACUAAGCCAAUCCCUAAGUCUUGUUAGUGUCAGUUCAUCGUUUACUUUGGAGGUUGUCGGUGCUGGCUCAACUCAGCAAAUCGGUGUGGGAACGAUCCUCGGACUCUUCGUUCUUGCAGUGAUCUAA